AAUUUGCUAAAAGCUAGCAUUUUCUAUUCUCUCUCAACUCCGAAAGUACAAAACCCCAAAUUAACAAAACAUGUUGCGUUUCGUGGUACUCUCUCUAACUCUCAUGGUUUUCAUCAACUCAUCAAACUUUCCAAAGACAGCAGCCACCCCACCAGGCACGUACCAAAACCACACAACGUACGUAAAAACGGCAUGCAACUCAACAACAUACCCUACAAUGUGCUACAACUGUCUGUCCUCCUAUUCCUCCACCAUCAAGUCCGACCCAAUCAAACUAUGCACAACAUCGCUAAAUCUCAACGUCAAAUCCGCUAAAAACGCCACAUUAGUCGUCUCUAACCUUCUCCAAAAGGCCAAAGCCGCGAAAAGCCAUGAGGUCUCGAUCCUUAAGGACUGCGUGGACGAGAUGAAGGACACUAUCGACGAGCUUAAGCAAGCGGUCGCCGAGAUGAAGUAUGUCAGAGGCGGAGGGAAAACUACGGAGGAGCAUUUAAAGAACGUGAAGACGUGGGUGAGCUCGGCUUUGACCGACGAGGGCACGUGUACGGACGGAUUCGAGGAAGGGAGAGUAAAUGUGGAAACAAAGAAGAAGGUGAAGAAGGCUAUUUCUGAGCUUUCAAAGACUACAAGCAAUACUUUAGCCCUUCUUACUCAUUAUUUAAGUUAUUGAAAUAAUAUCCAUUAAUUUCACUUUGAUGAUCUCUUUGCAUGUGCAUGGGUACGUUUGGAUCCAUCAUUUUUUAUAUCAAUAUUCUUUUUGAUAUGCACAAUAGAACCUCCAUUUGUGAGGUGCUCUUACCGUUUUUGAGAUUAAAAAUUUUUGUUUGGUAAGUAAUAUAUUUUAAAUUAUUGGGAAAAAUCAGCAUCAAUAGCUUCAAAUCAACUAUAUAUGUAGACCGUAGAUGAUAC